GAAAAGGAAAAAGAAUAAAUAAAAAGGCAAAAAAGAAAAAGGCCGUGAAAAAAAGGUGAAAAUAGGAGAAGAAAAUAUCAGGAAUAGCCGUGAAUCGAGAGAGCGGAGAAUGUCGUCGGAACCACCGCCAUUCCAAGAAGCUUCACGUUGUGAUGUCUGCAGUUGCAGCUUCAACACUUUCCGGCGACGGCACCACUGCAGAUGUUGCGGCCGAACAUUGUGUGCUGAACAUUCAGCAAAUCAGAUGGCCUUACCACAAUUUGGUCUUCACUCAAGUGUUAGAGUUUGUGCAGAUUGUUUUAAUAACUCCUCGCGUAGACCCAUUGGAGAUGGCAUGGUAGCUUCUUCAGAUGAAGUCAGUGCCCUGAAAGAUUCAUUUUCAGCUUUAGAUGUCGGUGCCGUUGCAGAUAUCAAAACUGAAGAUACUGUCAAGCAAACUCCUGCGGUAGACAUCGCAGAAUGCAAAUGUGGGAUGCCUUUGUGUAUAUGUCAAGUCACAGCUACACCAACAACAUCCGUCACUCCACAGAGCAAAACUAUGCCAAAUUCGAUAGUAAACACAAAUCCAAAGCCAAAGAAGGAAAAUAGAAUUCCAACAAGUAGAGGUUCAACAUCAAACAACAAGCAAGGUACAACUUUCAAUACUGGUCCAGCUACCAGCUGCAGUAUGGAGACAAUGUCAGCGGAUUACGAAGUCAGUGGGGAGGGUUUAAGAGAAGCAAUAAAAAAUGGUGAUGUCAGUGCGGCAAAGAAGCUUCUAAGUCAGGGAGUUGAUGCAAAUUACCUUGACAAGCAAGGAUCAUCAUUGUUACAUCUGGCGGCGGUAUUCAAUCGAACUGAAAUAGCAUUUUCCCUCAUGGAGAGUGGAGCUAGUUUGUACUGCAAAAAUUCACAAGGUGAAACACCACUGGAUUGUGCUCCUGCCACAUUGCAAUUCAAGAUGAAAAAGAAGAUGGAAGAGAGUGGGCAGUAACUUUUCAUUCGAAAGCAACACUUCUCCAAAUCAGGCUACAAGAAGUUCAAAGAAGGGUGAUCUCUAACCUAUUUGUGUGUCAUAUCUUUGUACCCUAGCAAACGGCUACAAUAAGAUGUCAGCAGUUUCAAGGAAGUAAUCUUUGUCCCUUUAAUGUGUGUCAUAUAUUUGUACCUACGCAAUAGAUGACUCAGUUUCAGUUUCUUGGUUAAUCUCUUAUUGGUGUUACCUUAAGUUUACGACUGCUGGGAGUGGUUCUUUUCAAAAUUAUCCUCCACCAACCAGAUCAAGAUUUCCUAGUUUUCUA